UCAUUGCGCUGGGCUAGGUUGAACUGAAAGUGAAGUCAAGAAGCUGCGGGUAGUUCGGUUCGCAAUCACUGGGUAGCAAUUGCGAACAGCAUAGGCUAGUCCAUUCAGGGAAAGGUCUGAGACAGACCAUUACUAAGGCUUUACAUGGAGAGCUGAAAUUGAAUAUGAGGUUAACGGCCUUAAUGAUGUACAUAUCCCCGGCUUUGCUAUUUAUUUUGUAUAUUGGAUUUUCUGAUGCUGCACCUCGCAUCAACUCCUACAAUGCGUCGCCUAUCUCAAGGAAGCCUCGCUCAGCAUCCGAGAGCUUGGAGCAGCUCUACACCACCUUGCCCAAUCGUUUACCUGAGGACAGGUUUGUUCUCGGCCUAGUAACUGGGCUCACGCCGUCGCCCACAAUUGUCUCCGCCAGAGCGACCAGCAAAACGAUACAGGUCUCCACGGUUCCUGUCUCGCCAACCGCAACCACAAUUCAGCCACCGACAACGGACCCUAUAACCCCAAAGCCAAGCAUAGAAAUUAUUUCAACUCCUAUACAACAAAUAAUAGCGUUGAGCUCCAGAACAUCAAAUUCAAGCAAAAGAUCCACUGAUGCGCGAUCAGUUUUUCCUCCAGAAAAAACGCUGCAGACCAUGGUCUCCAUGGUUUCUCAGCGGACGACAAAUGAUGCGUGGUCUUCAGAUAACAUCGAUGCAAAGAUUACCUCCGACAAUAGUCAAGAGUCUCUGUGUAACUGCAGCAGCGAGGGUGUUCUAGACGUGGAUGACUGUGACAAGAAGACAGGCCAGUGUGUCUGCAUGUCAGGGUACACGGGGCUGCUGUGUGAGGACUGUGAGGAAGGACACUUCACCAAUGGCACCACCAGCUGCAUAGCCUGCGGCUGUGACUCCUACGGCGCUGUCAACCACCUAUGUGACAGCUCAGGAAUGUGUGUGUGUAAGACGGGAGUGUACGGGCCCAAGUGUGACGAGUGCCACCCAGGCUUCUUCCGUUUCAGCAGCACUGGGUGCCAACCCUGUCAGUGCAACAGCCUUACUAACUACUGCCACCCGCAAUCGGGCAUCUGCCUGAACUGCCAGGCCAACACUCAAGGACCCAACAGUGAGGAAUGCAAGCCUAGAUUCUACUGCAGCUCUGGUGCUGCCACCACCGAUGCCUGUGUCCCCUGCCCCUGUUCCAACACCACCUCCACUGGCACCUGUCACAUUGACUCUGAUGGGUUCCCAGUGUGUGACCAGUGCCUGUCUGAAUACAGUGGUCAGCAGUGUAACCGGUGCAAGGCUGGAUUCUACAGUGCCAACAGUGGGUGUGUCCCCUGCGACUGCAGUGGUAACGCAGACCCGACACGCCCGGCCCAGCUCUGCCAACCUGAUACUGGCCACUGCCUGAGCUGCACCAACAACACCACGGGACCUCAAUGCCAGCUCUGUGCCGCCGGCUUCACAGGGGACGCCCGCGCCAACAACUGCACCCGCCCAGCAGCACGGAUAAUUCCUACGCCAGAGCCCACGACAACGACCGAGGCCUCUAAAACCCCCACCCCUGCUCCAACCCCCAGGAGCAAGGGCCUGACCUCCACGGUGCCCACCGGUGCUCCCCCCUCCACCACUAACUCCAGCACCCUACUGAGUGUAGCCACCACCCAGGCGCUGCUCACCAGCCUGGGCAGCCCCUCAGACAACACCACAGCCGCCCUCACAGAGGUCUCCUGGACCCAGUUCAACGUCAUCGUCCUGGCCGUCAUCAUCCUGGUGGUGGUGGUGCUGCUGGGCUUCGUGGGAGGGGUGUACACCUACCGAGAGUACCAGAAUCGCAAGCUCAAUGCUCCCUUCUGGACCAUCGAGCUGAAGGAGGACAACAUCAGCUGCAGUAGUUACCAUGACAGCAUUCCCAAUGCUGACGUAUCGGGCUUGCUGGAGGACGAGGCCAACGAGGUGGCGCCCAACGGCCAGCUGGCUCUCACCACCCAGGGCAACUGCUACAAGGCCUAGCCCACAGGGCAGACAGACAGACUGCACACUGCUAACAGACUGGACACACACACAGAGGCUUCCGGCCUGGCUGCCUGCCUCACAGGACAGAGACAUGAAAUGGAUAAAGACUUUCAAAGCUGCUGGACACCAAACCCAAAGCUCCAUGUGUAACUCGACUCCCUCUAUCCAGCUCCUCUCUCCCUCUGUGGAACAGAAGGAGAUUCUGCAUAAGGCCAUUGGCACCAACAGACUGAGAGACAAAGGAAAAAGGGAUGGUGUGUUUCUCUGUUGCUUUUGUCCUGGCAAAAGAUUACAAGAUUUUGGGCUCCGUUACAGAUUGAAGUGAUUCACGUAAAAUAAGAAGUCAAUGAAGGGUCCAAAGAGUAGACUGUUUUACUUCAGUUGUGCCUGCAGAGGGCACUGUUAAGGAUGUGGAUGGUUGUGGUAAUGGGGUGUUUGCCCAUGCAAGAGUAUUGGACCGUGUCUCUGUUGUAUGGACACUGUUUCUUAUGCAGUUCAAUGGCCAUCAGACCACUCAUCAGGAGACCGAGCAUUUCAGAACCUUUUAAAACAGACUAACAGUUUAAGUUACAACUUGAACGGAGAUCUGGUCCAGACAAUGAUUGUUAUUUUAAUGAAUUGUAUUUAUUGUUUCCAGUUUUGUUCUUGGGAUAAAUGUUCCACGUGUAAGAUGUUUUUCAUGGUGUUUAAAACUGUGUGAUAUAUUGAAUGCAAAUUGAAAAGUGCAACAUUUUGUUCAUAUGUAUGUAUUUUUUUGUGAGCUAUUGGGAAGUGACGGCUGCUGGCUUAAAUGACCUUGUCUUUUGUUUUCGGCUGUAUCCUGUAUGAACAAUUGCCAGGUCCUUACCUUGAGUAUUAACAAGGAGUGUUUUAGAUGAGGAAACAAACAUACCUUGUAUCCUCUCUCUACUCAGCACUGUGCAGGGCAGUAGGUCCCAUUGCUUGUUAUGAUCAUCACAUUGACUUUGUUUUACUGAUAGAGUGCUGAUCUGCUGGUUUGAGAAAGGCCUACCUCUACGGAAGGUGUUGAACACAUUCUUGCUCAAAAAGUAGCUCUAGUCCAUUUCAGCUGGUUUCAUUAAGUCAUCCAAAUCUAGGACAAAAUGAUUCUAGCCUUAAUUUCCUAUAUAGUCUUAUAUCUGUACAAAAUAGACAGAUCUUGGUCAUGUGUUGCUGGCAGCAACACUUAAUUCUGCUCGUGCUUUUAUGUUGUUUAUAAACUACAAUGAUAUCUAGGAUUUGUUUCUGUAAAAAUGAAUUAAUGGGUUAUUAAGUUAUUAAGGGAACUGACUCCUCAGGUACUGCCUCUUUCCCCAGUGUGAUCACUGUAAAUAAGAGUAGGACAUUGUACAGAUGAAUGUGAAUAGGAUCAUUAUUAUUGUACAGGUAGAGUGCAGUGUACACUCAGAACAGUCGGUACGGUUACACUUAAAGGCUCCGAUAUGGUCUGGGCACAGUCCACACAGGAAAUUAAUUAUAAAUAGACCUACCCUCUGUAUUGUCUUGCAGGAUACAUGUCAUCAUCCAUCCCUAACUACUGAUUUCAAUUAAAUUAUUCAUGGUAAAUUGUGUAAAUACCACAAACUGAAAAUUUCACAUACAAUGCUAAAUAAAAUUGGGUUUCUUGGUUAGUCUGUAA